GAUCUUGGCUCACUGCAACCUCCGCCAUCUGGGUUCAAGAAAUUUUCCUGCCUCAGCCUCUCGAAUAGCUGGGACUACAGGCGCAUGCCACCAUGCCCAGCUAAUUUUUGUAUUUUUAGUAGAGAUGGGGUUUCACUAUGUUGGCCAGGUUGGUCUCGAACUCCUGACCUCAGGUGGUCCACCCACCUCGGCCUCCCAAAGUGCUGGGAUUACGGGUGUUAGCUACCGCACCCGGCCUGAUGAUUUAGAUUUUCUAUUCUUGGGCUUAUUCUAAUGUUUAAGAUGUCAUAAUUUAGGGUCAUUGGAAAUGACUAAUUUUUAAAAACAAGUAGCAAAGAGCUGGAUUUCAAUCAUAUAUUCACAUAAGACUCUACAUGUCUGUAUCCAUGUGCUUUCUAAUGCAAUUGGAGUCUGGCCAACCAAGUGUUACAUUCAGUAAGACAAGCAUUUACCGAAUGCCUAAUUGGUGCCAGAAACUGUACUGUAGUGAUGAAUAUAAGGUAGUGUCCCUGGCUUCCUAAGCAUCCUGACAUGUUGAAAUGAAUUGUGGCAACUCCUUAGCAGACCAAUUUGGAAGCCUUCCAUUUGCCUGUUUUUAAUAGGGUGCAAUUUAAAAAGUGUUGACAGAGAUAUUGACAAUGUUGUCUGGUUUUGAAGGCCAAUUCUGCUGGGUUGAGAAAGACAGUGGGUGGUCCAGGCCAGUGAGAAAGCAGGAGCAAAAGCCAGAAGGUGAAAGUAGUUGGCAAGUUUUUGGAAUGCCAAGGGCUUGGUAAGUGUAGAGUUUACUUCUAUAUGGCAGAUCAGUCACGAGGUGGGGCUAGGAAAAUAUUAAUACAUUGGCACCAUAUUGUCCAGUGGCUUAAAUGCCAUGCUCAAGAGUUUGAUUUUUGUCUUUUUGACUUUGGAAGGCAUCCAUGUUUUUGAGGAAUGGAAUUUUAAUGUGGAGGACCCAUCCAUAGUGAUGAUGAUGACGACAACGAUGAUGAUAAAUAGCUAAACUAAGUGCUCAAAAGAUACCUCAUUUAGUCUUACAACUUCCAUGUGAGAGACUAUUAUUGUAUGAAUUUUAUAUAUUUGAAACUGGAUCUUCUUAAUAAUGUACCUAGAACACACAUUAAACAAUUAUUUUUGUAGAAAUUUGUUUUACAUGAAAUUUAGUUAUGGUUCCAAAAUAAAAGCCUUGCCUCUUCUUUCGCUUUUUUUUUUUUUUUUUUUUUGUAUAGGUUUCUUGUGUGUUACUUAGAAUAGGCAUCUAGGAGUCACAUACUCAGAUGCCUGAAGUCCUUGAAGGCCUUGUUUAUGAAAAGCCACCCAGUGAAAAGGGCUCACUUUUCCUGUGUGAGUUGGGGCUGGCUGGACAGAGCUCAGGCCUUGUCUCAAGGGGGCAGUCAUAGUUGUACUUAAUCAUGUGGUAAGGUGUACCCAAGUGUUGGUAGAGCUUCUGACUUUUAUGUGAAUUCUUCCAUUAUCUAAGUGUUGGCUCAAGUUUUAAAAACUUUGGGCUGGAUAACAAAACAUAUUUGGCCUGGAAUCACUAAUCUACUUUUAUUUGAGAUAUUUACCCUAGACAUUUUAGACUAGCCAAAAUAUACUUAAGUAAUUUAGGUAUAUAUCUCAUUGAUAUACAGUUCUUAUCCUUGAGGGGAAGGUGUAGUGUCAAGACUCUCAGAACUGCCAUUUUGAAGAUUAAAAGUGUAAUCAUGUCUCAUUAGUUUAGAUGCUGUAAUUUUGGAAUACAUGAAGGAGGAAGCUAUUGUUUAUGUGAUGUGGGAGAGGGAUGAGUAUGGUGAGGAAGGUAGGUGAUAGCUAAUUUUUUGAGGGAGAGAUUUAGAGCUUGUAACUAAAAAAAAAUUCUGUAUUGCCAAAGUUUGAAGACUCUAGAAAGUUUUAAGAAUUUUAGGUCACUAAAGAUCUCCAGAGAAAUCAAUCUUGAUAUGAAAGAUGUUAUUUAUAUUUUUGAAAAAAACUUAUUUAUCUAAAAACCAUAAAGCAAGACUUGAAAAUCUUUAAAAGCCUGUUUUGUAUCUACUUUUUAUAAUUCAAAAAAGCCCAGCUCAAAUACUGUUUAAGGUUAUUAAGGAUGCUUCCUUGUAGAAACGGGAUUGAAUAUGAUGUGAUCCUGUGAGAUCUGAUCAUCUCAGUGGGUCUUAAGGUUGAAAUGAACAUCUUCCUUUUAGGCAGAGAAGAUGGCUUGAAUUUAUAUUAACACAUGUGCUGUGUAUUGUCAGAGGGUAAUGAGAAUUAAAAUAACUUACCAAUUUCUUCACUUUGGUUUGGUGGGGAAGUGGAAUCAUGAGGUUAGUAUUGAUCAGAUCAUAUAAGAUAAAUAAAAAUGUGCUAUGUAAUAACCUGUUACAUUAUAGACACUAGGAAUUAUUUUUAUCACAUGUGACAUUUUUACCUUUAUAUCCUUUUCUCUACCAGUGAGGAGGUUGAGGAAAUGUUUUAAAAUAAAUUUAAAAAGAAAGUUUGUAUGCAAAAAUCUUGUUUAAUUAUUUUCAUGAAGUCCCACAUCAAAUCCCCUAUACACAUUAACAUUAAAAUGUUAAAAAUUAUGGUAAAGCCUUCAGAAAAUUAGAAUACAUUUUUUUGAUUAUUAUUACUUAAUGACAAAUUUACCAUUCUACUUGAGUACACUUCUUGAUUCAUCAUCUUAAUGAAAUAGUUCUGAAGGCAGGUGGCAGCCUUAAGGAAAACUGCCACUUAUGUAGAAAAAGAUUAUUGUAGAGUUGCUUGGAUUACUGUGCUUUGGCAAAAGGAUAUGAAAAGAAAAUGCUUUGUGAACAUGAAGCUAAAAUAAAUAUGAUGACUGGCAUGGAGCAUAACAAGAUUUACAAAUGUAUCUUCAGUUAUUUUAUACAUGAUCUCAAAUUUUGUCUUUCAGUACCUUUUUUUCUGCUUAUAAAGAUAUAAUCAUACUUAAUGGAUAGAUUUGGAAAGUACUAAAAACCAAUCAAACAAACAAACAAAAAACAAAUAAUUAUCUAUAAUCUCAUCACUUAGCCAUAACUGUAAAGUAAUGGGUGGACGCUGAAGUCAGAUACUGGAUUUAAGUCUUUAUUCCCUAUUAUUAUUUAUCUUUAAAAGUUAGCUACUUGACCUUUCUGUGCUUCAGUUCUUUUCAUCUAUAAAAUAAAAGUAACAAUUGAAUUUACCUUAUAGAGCUGUUUUGAGGACUGUAUGGUAAAUAUUGAAUCUACUACUUACUGUUGGUAUUUCCUUCUAGUCUUUUUUUCUAAGCAUAUAUUUUUAUUUGUAGUUAAAAAUAUACUGUAUAUUUGUUUCUUUUUUUUCAUUUAACAUCACAUUAUAAACAUUUUCUUGUGCAAUUUCCAGUUGAUGAACAGCCUCUUUCUAAAUCGUUGACCACAUUUCUUAUUCUUUCCUUAGGAUAAAUUUCAAGAUAUCCUGAAUCAACUGAUGACAGCCUAUUUAGCUUACAGGAAUACUCUGGAAGGAAAUGGUAGCUUCUGGAGUUUUAACUAGAGUUUUAAUCUUGCCACCAUAACCUAAUGGAAUAUCACAUAACCUCCCUGGUGUGACCAUUAAGCUUAGCAGGAUCUCAGAGAAUAGACAGAGGAAUAUGCAAGCUGGUUAUCAGAGAAGGCUCUGGAGCCUGUCAGUCUGUUUGAACCUUGGUUCUGCAACUUUGGCAAUAUAUAUAUUUUUUAUCACUCUGAGAGCCCUUUCUGUACAAUAGGAUAAAACUAAUACCUAUUUCAUGUGGUUGUUUGGAAGAUUAAGUAGUUUGAUAUGUAAUCCUGGCAGUUGGUAACUACUUAAUGAAUGUUAGCUCCUAUUGUUCAUUAUAUUAGAUACCUAAAGUUUGUUUUAUGAUGAAAUGCGAGAGAAUGGCAGUGAUGUUCGCAUGUAAUGUGAGUACAAGCUGUUACAUAUAAAAUAGGGCAAUACAAAUAUGUUUUACUCCAAAAUGCAUUGAUUUUCCUCCCAUUUAAAAUAAAUAACAGAAAUAUUCUGUUUUAUGUUUUGUGGCCAGAAGCUAGCAUGGGAAGAGGCAUUUGAUUUAAUCAUCCUUAUAGAGAAUUUUUAACAAUUUUCUUCAGUGAUUCAAAGGUGGAAAGUGAUUUUUGUCCAGAUUAUUCUUGUUGAAAGACAAAAAUGCUUUAUGUUAGUUUUUUAAAAAUUAAAUUUGGUCAGGUAUGGUGGCUCAUGCCUGUAAUCCCAGCUCUUUGGGAGGCUGAGGCGGGCGGAUCAUGAGGUCAGGAGAUCGAGACCAUCCUGGCCAACAUGGUGAAACCCCGUCUCUACUAAAAAUACAAAAAUUUAACUGGGCGUGGUGGUGUGUGCCUGUAAUCCCAGCUACUCUACUCGGGAGGCUGAGGCAGGAGAAUCGCUUGAAUCCGGGAGGCGGAGGUUGCAGUCAGUCAAGAUCACGCCACUGCACUCCAGCCUGGCUACAGAGUGAGACUCUGUCUCAAAAAAACAAACAAACAAAACAAAAAAAAACUAAACACACAAACAAACACAACAAAAUUUAAUUAAGCAAAACACCUGCAGCUAAUAAUGGUAGCAUUUGUAGUGCUUACUAUAUGCUACACACUGCUCAGGUGCUUUACCUGUAAUAACUCAUAUAAUCCUCACAAUGCCAUAUGAAGAAAUUUAUUUUAUUGUCCCCGUUUUGUAGAUGAAGGAACUGAGGCACAGGAGGUCAAAUAACCUGCUGAAAGUUACAUAGCUUGGGAGAAAAUUCUGUGCUAUGUAGUCCAGCUCCAGAGCCUGUGCUUUUUAAAUCAGAAAGCAAAGAAUAAUGAUUAAGUACAAUACCAAUAUGUUUGCAUUUUUCAGUUAUGGGACAAAAAUAUUAUAUCAAAACACUGAAGCUUUGCAGUCUAAAUUCUUUUCACCUCUUCAAAAAGCAAUGCUACCACCUAAUAGUUUUCAAGGAAAAGUGGCAUUCAUUACUGGCGGAGGUACUGGCCUUGGUAAAGGAAUGACGACUCUUCUGUCCAGCCUAGGUGCUCAGUGCGUGAUAGCCAGCCGGAAGAUGGAUGUUUUGAAAGCUACCGCAGAACAAAUUUCUUCUCAAACUGGGAAUAAGGUUCAUGCAAUUCAGUGUGAUGUGAGGGAUCCUGAUAUGGUUCAAAACACUGUGUCAGAACUGAUCAAAGUUGCAGGACAUCCUAAUAUUGUGAUAAACAAUGCAGCAGGGAAUUUUAUUUCUCCUACCGAAAGACUUUCUCCUAAUGCUUGGAAAACCAUAACUGACAUAGUUCUAAAUGGCACAGCCUUCAUCACACUAGAAAUUGGAAAACAACUAAUUAAAGCACAGAAAGGAGCAGCAUUUCUUGCCAUUACCACUAUCUAUGCUGAGACUGGUUCAGGUUUUGUAGUACCAAGUGCUUCUGCCAAAGCAGGUGUGGAAGCCAUGAGCAAGUCUCUUGCAGCUGAAUGGGGUAAAUAUGGAAUGCGUUUCAAUGUGAUUCAACCAGGGCCUAUAAAAACCAAAGGUGCCUUUAGCCGUAUGGACCCAACUGGAACAUUUGAGAAAGAAAUGAUUGACAGAAUUCCCUGUGGUCGCCUGGGGACUGUAGAAGAACUCGCAAAUCUUGCUGCUUUCCUUUGUAGUGAUUAUGCUUCUUGGAUUAAUGGAGCAGUCAUUAAAUUUGAUGGUGGAGAGGAAGUACUUAUUUCAGGGGAAUUCAACAACCUGAGAAAGGUCACCAAGGACCAGUGGGACACCAUAGAAGGACUCAUCAGGAAGACAAAAGGAGUCAGUUAUAACAUGUUCACUAGACUGACUAUCCCCAUUGUCCAAGUUGACACGAGAGGAAACCAGCUUCCGUCUUACUUCAUCUGAAUAAAUCUGCAAAGGAAUCCAGUUUUCCUGGUUGAAUUUAUAUGCCACAAGCCCCAUGGAAACCCCAAUUACAUUGACAGUUAAUUGUGUACAUAAAUUACAUUUAUUACAUUUAAUUGUGUACAUAUAGGGGGAUAUUAUAGGUUUGGAAUAAGUGGUCUGACAUUUCCAAUUAUACUGAUUUUUGCUGGGCUUUUCUUUAGGCUGUUACACUUUUUCUCCACAUGCUUGCAAUACAAUACUCUCAAAAUAAAACGCAGACAGGUACCUAGUCUCCAUUUUACCUUUAGUACUAAUCCUGUGUAUUAGUCUGUUCUCAUGCUGCUAAUGAAGACAUAACCAAAACUGGGUAAUUUAUAAAAGAAAGAGGUUUCAUUGACUCACAGUUCAGCAUGGCUAGGGAGGCCUCACAAUCAUGGCAGAAGGUGAGUUAGGAGCAAAGUCAUGUCUCACGUGGCGGCACGCAAGAGAGCUUGUGCAGGGGAACUCCCAUUUAUAAAACCAUCAGAUCUCGUGAGAUUAUUCACUAUCACACUAUUGUGUUGAUAUUGUGUUCACACGCCAAUAGUGAUGGUUUAUCACUCAUUCCAUUUCCAAACCCACCUUCCCACCCAUCUCUCACCAAACACACAAAGACACACUCUUUCCCUCCACUGAUUCCACCAAUAUAGCCAUAUUUCUGUUUCUGGUUAAAUUUAUACUAAAUGUUUACAUUUAUAUAACUUAAUAAAUAUUAUUUUUCUUCCA